AUGAAUAACAACACAGCUACGACGCUCUUACUGGUCUCAAGGAUAACCAUUGCUUCCUCACCCUCCUCAUCUUCCUCCUGCUCCUCCUCCUCCUCAUCUUCCUUCUUCUACUCCUUCUCAUCUUCCUCCUGCUCCCCCUGCUCCUCAUCUUCCUUCUUCUACUCCUCCACAUCUUCCUCCUGCUCCUCCUCCUCCUCCAUCUCCUCCUCACCUUCCUUCUUCUACUCCUCCUCGUCUUCCUCCUACUCCUCCGUCUCCUCCUCACCUUCCUUCUUCUACUCCUCCUCAUCUUCCUCCUGUUCCUCCUCCUCCUCACCUUCCUUCUUCUACUCCUCCUCAUCUUCCUCCUGUUCCUCCCCUCCUCCCCCACCACCUCCACCUCCUUACUCUUUUUCUUGA